ACGUGCAAGCAGAAAAAACGUGUUGUCAAAUUGGUGCAAAGUAAAUUUUCACGGUAUAAACAUGCAGCAUGAUUUACUCUCAGGUACCUGGGUAUAGAAGGUAUACGAGCUUUGCAUAGGGAAAUAAAAUAGAUUUGGGCAAAUGGAUUGCAUAUCAUGGAUGUUUGCUAAAUGGUAAACCAGUAAAUUAAACCUGCGCCCGUGCGCACAGCUAGUCUCUUGACUGUCUUCUUACAUGAAGUCUAAGCUUUUUAGUGAUUGAUUUAUAUUUGAUUUGACACGAAUUUCACAUCCACGAUCGCAUUCACUGCAGAGCGAUUAGUUUCUUUCAAAUUUCUAUUAUUUUCGUGUUUGCUUGUCCUCUUGGUGACAGGUGUUUUUGUGGCUAGUAACCAUGGCCAAAGUGAACUUGUUAUUGCAUCUUGGAGCAGGUGCUGAAUGUGUGAAUAUUCAUUAGUGUCACUACCUAUUUUACAUAUUUACUCCCGUUGACUACGCUCAUCUUAUCCGGGAACGCGGAAGCAAAGAUUUUUCGAUCAUUUUAUCGAAGCUAACUUAUAUAUAACUAUUUAUAACAUUUCAUGGAUACUUCUGGAACAUUAAAAUAAAAGUUGAACAAAUCCAAUGGCUUUCGACAGCAUCAAAGACUGGUUGGGUUGUUGGUCAGGAAAUUAUGAAGGAGAGUUUAGAACUGUGUACUUUCUUGGACGUUUACCAGAGAAUGAUGUUGACUUAGCCAGACAAUAUCACAGGUUUCCUGAUAAUGCUGUUGUAUCAUCAAAGUAUACAGUCUGGAAUUUCUUACCAAAAAAUCUCUUCGAACAAUUCCGGCGUAUUGCAAAUUUUUAUUUCUUGUGUAUUAGCGUUGUCCAGCUUUUUAUAGACAGUCCUGUUAGUCCAUUAACAAGUAUAUUUCCUUUGUGUUUUGUUGUGGCUGUGACUGCCUUAAAACAAGGAUACGAGGACUGGAAACGACAUCAAGCAGACAAGGAAGUGAACAAUAGGAAAUAUGAGUUAGUUAGUCCUGUUAAUGGAGCUUUAAUCAGCGUUAUAUCAAAAGAUAUCAAGGUUGGUGAUAUUGUUAUGGUGAAGGCUGAGGAAGAGUUUCCAUGUGAUUUAAUUCUACUGUCAUCUGAAGAUUCGGAAGGCAAAUGCCAUGUAACAACUGCUAAUUUAGAUGGGGAAACUAAUUUGAAGCUUCACAGUUCGUUACCUGAUACAACUGAUUAUCAAACUUCAGAAAAACUUUAUCAGCUUCCAGCUCGUAUUGAAUGCGAACAUCCCAUGCCUGACUUAUACAAGUUCCAAGGUCGUAUGAUCUUUGAUGAUGGUGAGACAAAAUCAUUGGGCCCGACUCAAGUUCUUCUGAGAGGAGCAAGAUUGAAAAAUACGAGCCACGUUUUCGGUGUUGCUGUUUAUACGGGAAUGGAUACGAAGAUGGCGUUAAAUCAAAGGCAAAAUCCUCAUAAAUAUUCAUCGGUUGAAAGGAAAAUGAAUACAUUCUUAAUAUUGUUCCUUGUGGUGCUAUUAGUCUUGUGUAUCAUACAUACCGUUUUGAAAAGUUGGUAUCAGGGGACUGACAGAGGUGGUCCUCCGUACGUUGAGAAAGCAGACACUGGGACUGUACAAAGUUUUGAAGAUUUUCUAUCAUUUUUGAUAUUGUACAACUAUGUUAUACCAAUCUCACUGUAUGUGACUAUAGAACUUCAAAAGUUCACUGGCGCGUUAUUUUUUAACUGGGAUGUGGAGAUGUAUAAUGAGGAAACAGACGAACCAGCUAAGGCGAAUACAUCUGAUCUGAAUGAAGAGUUGGGUCAGAUUCAGUAUGUUUUCACAGACAAAACAGGAACAUUAACAGAAAACGACAUGCAAUUCAGAACAUGCUCCAUAAACGGCAGGAAAUAUGAAGAACUCGAUGGCUUGCUUUGUGCAGAUGGAUUACGCUCUCGUAAUUUUGAAUCUUCAAAUUUCACGCCUGAGAUGCGUGAGUUCUUUCUGACGUUGUCAUUAUGUCAUACAGUCCAUGCGACUGAAGAGGAAGAUAAAGACGCCCCGUAUCCAUAUUUUUACCAGGCGUCCUCGCCAGACGAGAAAGCGUUUGUAGAAGCAUCGCACAGAUAUGGUCUGACGUUUCAAGGUACAUCAGGUGAACACAUGCAGGUUAAAAUUGGUAACGAAGUACAAAGUUAUAAAUUGCUUCAUGUCCUGGAAUUUGACUCCACUCGGAAAAGAAUGAGUGUUAUCAUCAGUGAAAUGGAUGGGACAAUAGUUAUGUAUUGUAAAGGUGCUGAAACAGCAAUUUUGGAAAAAACAAUUGACGGACCAACUGACGUCACACUCGCCCAUAUUAAUAGUUACGCUGAGAAAGGAUUGCGUACUUUGGCAAUAGCUAAGAAAGUUAUACCAAAAGAGAAAUAUGAAGAAAUGAAUGCGAAGUUAAAAGAAGCAAGUGAAGCUAUAAAUGAGAGAGAUGAACAGCUUGCUAAGGUUUAUGAAGACGUGGAAUCCGGACUGACGUUAUUAGGAGCGACUGGCAUCGAAGACAGACUUCAAGAUAAAGUGAAGGAGACAAUCGUUGCUUUACGAGAAGCUGGGAUGAAGGUCUGGGUACUGACGGGAGAUAAACACGAAACUGCUGUGAAUAUCAGUCACUCAUGUGGACACGUCCAAGCUAACAUGGAUGUGUUGGAAAUCGUAAGAAAAGACAACGUGUACGAUGUUGAACAAUCUUUAUACAGUUUCAGAGAAAAAUUACUCCAAGCUACUUCUUCUCCAGACAAAAAGUUCGCUUUGGUUAUCGAUGGUUCAAGUUUACGCCAUGCCUUUGAUGGUAACAAGGAAUUAUUUAUCUCCGUGUGUCAAUAUUGUGUCGCAGUUCUCUGCUGCAGAAUGUCACCAUUACAAAAAGCACAGGUUGUUCAUCUGAUGAAACACUCAAGUGAGAAACCAAUAACCCUCGCUAUUGGUGAUGGAGCAAAUGACUGCAGUAUGAUACAGGAAGCCCAUGUUGGUAUUGGAGUGAUGGGAAAAGAAGGAAGACAAGCUGUGAGAACUAGUGAUUACGCCAUCUCAAGAUUUAAGUUUCUUCGUCGUGUCUUGCUUGUUCAUGGUCAUUUAUAUUAUAUCAGACUGGCAACAGUUGUACAGUAUUUCUUUUACAAGAAUGUUGUUUUCACAAUUCCACAAUAUCUUUAUGCAUUCUACAACGCGUAUUCACAACAGACAUUAUAUCAAAGUGUGUUUCUAACCACGUUUAAUAUAUGUUGGACAUCGUUACCUAUUCUACUUUAUGGUAUAUUUGAACAACAUUUGCGUGCUGACACACUCACGUUCCAACCAGUUCUUUACAGAGAUAUUUCUGGAAACAAACGACUAUCGUGGCAUGAUUUUAGUUUCUGGAUGUUGUCAGCACUGUGGCAUGGUCUGAUAAUAUAUUUUGGAUCAUUUUUAUUUUUUGAUGAAGGGAUACUUAGUGAUAAGGCAUUCGGAAAUUGGUCGUUUGGUCAGUUUGUAUACACUAUCGUCGUUAUAGUUUGUAAUUUGAAGCUUGGUUUGUUUUCCUUCUACUGGACAAUCCUUACUCAUAUCGUGAUUUGGGGAUCAAUCAUUUCAUACAUUCUUUUUGCCGUGAUAGCAUCGUGCAGUUUAUGGGAGCCAUUUCAAUUUGGCCAAGCCAGUUAUGACUUAUAUUGGACAUUUGAACAAUUACUUGAAGAGCCUUCUGUUUGGUUUGGAUUUAUUCUUCUUUCAAUCGUCGCUGUCACGCCAGACAUGGCAAUAAUGACAAUAGCAAGAUACUUCUACAGAACGAAAACUCAACUGGCUCAGUUACUAGAAAGAAACCCCAAAUCAAUGGGAGUGUUGCGUAAACGUCCUUUGAGUCAAAUAGUAUCGUCAGUAAAAAAUCAAACACAUGGUUAUGGAACAAUUGCACCGUCACCUUCAUCAGUAAUAUUAGUUGAUCUAUCCGAUGAUGCUGUAGACAAUUCUCAAGAUAGAGUUUAAAAUACGGUGAAAAUUACGCGCAGUGGUAACCAAAGUGACGUAUUGUUAUUCAUCAAUACAAACAUCUCAUUGCCUAGCGAAAUCAAUGACGUAAUGCAUUCACAUAAAUCAUUUAAAUGGUAGUACGCUUUUGGAUGAGUGCGCUGACUGAACAUCGUCAUCCCUAAGGCAACUGCUGAGUAAAACAUGCACGUCUUAAUAACUAGUAGGAAAAUGUUACUAAUCUUACAAUUGAUGCUUUACUGCGCUACACUCGAGUCAACUAUGACGUCACAUUCCUGGUGUGAACAAAAAUUUCCAGCAGCAAAAGUUAAGAUGUUGACUAUAGAAUUGAAGAGAAUCAACUCAGAAGGAAAAGUGCUUUAAUGCUUUUCUUGCAUGGAACUGUAGCAGUCUUUCUAAAUUAAUAUUGCAUUUAGAUAACAAAGAUAUAGGUUGUUUAUAUGUGCAAAAUACCGACCCAAGUCAGAAGAACAAAUGAUUAGCAAAUGCGUUUAGCUUUCCUGUUAAACAAGCCAGUUUGAGUGCGAUUCUCAAUAAUACACCAACAACUGAAGGGUGCUGGACAAUAAUAUGUAUAAACGAUAAUAUAUGAAACAAUAGCAAUAAUUGUCUGUGACUGAAAUGAAAGAAUGAUAUAUUUUUUCCAGAUCUUCAUUUUCUCUCACUUCAAUUAUUAUACAACCGCUAGGAUACAUGCAAACAAUUGUUUAUAAAAGAUAUACACAAGAACGAGUAAGUCAUUUUAGUUGGCUUACUUGAACGUUUCGAAACCAAUUUUGCCAAGGAAUUAUGGUCGAUCUGCAUGAAAUCACAAAAUACUGCUAGCUUUGUAAAUUAUGCCCCCGGACCCAACAAUUCACAUGCCAUAUGAAAAUGGAAGUUCACAGCUGAAGGACACCGUUUACAACAUUGGAUAACACUGGAUAUGAAAUAAAAAAAUUUUGAGUCAUCGCGAUUGAGGUUUGCAUCAUUCUCCUCGAAAUUUUCGGCUUUGCUCAGGCAGAUAACACAAACCUUGAUUAUUCUUCUUAUUACAAAUUCUUUCGUUUUGUCCUCCUUAAUUUCCUUUGCAGAGGAUAUCAGGAUAUCAACCACAAUCAUACACCACGCUACACGUCAUAACCAUCCGUAUCAAACUAAGCCAAUCGAAGGUUCAAAUUUUUUUAAAUAAGUAAUAUAUUGUUAUUUACUCUCCACGGCGAAACG